AUGGCGACUGGAGCUGCUGAGUUGAUGUUCCGAUGCGUCUUCGAAGGAAGCAUUUCAAUGCAAGACUGUCUGACCGAACGGAGGCCGUACCAUCGUAACUGCCAAUGUGCAUUGCACAACCUCAAAGGGGUUUGUUCAUCUACUUGUACUUCUCCGACAACCAAUAUAUCAUUCCCUAAGAAACAGACAUGGGGUGAUUGUUCCUUGUCUUUAUUGGCUCCCAAAUUCUCUUCUCCAUCUCCUCUUCUUCCUAAUGCCUCCUUCACCAAUACCCUACAAAAUACUGAUUCAACUCCAGUUUUGUACGAAACAGAAGCUCAGCACAGUUAA